AUGACCGCUUCAAGUAGAGGGAUGAGAGCUGUGGCUCCGAUGAUCCGCGCAACACGAUCAACACGAACGUACUCCCACUCCCAUCCUCUCAUCUGCUCAGAAUGCAUCUCCUCACUCACGCCCACCUCUAUACCCGCAUCCCGCAUCUCCCCCCUCGGCCAGCGAAGUUACGCCAUCGCCGCCACGUCCCUGAAAACCGACGACGCAGCCCCCAACUCCUCGUUCCCCCAUCUCCAGAGAUUCCCACCCAUGGCCACCACCUCCGGAAUCCCUGAAUACAUCCCCAAAGCUGGUAUCCUGCUCUCGCGCCCACCGCUCAUCACGGCGCGCCAGACCAGCUUCGAGAAGGCUUUCUUCUUCUACCAGAAACGUCUUAACGAGCGGCUGGCCAUGCCCUUCCAGCCGUACUUCUACUUCAAGAGCGACACGCCCGCCGAUACGGACCGCAAGAUCAAGGCCCGCGAGCGUAACGGCGCUGCGGCGAGGGAGCUGGGUGGCUACAGGGCUUACGGCGAUCAGGCAUGGAACGACGAGUUGCUGUCUUCGGAAAGCAGUGCCGCACCUGGUAUUGAAGGGUUGGGCAAGCUAGGGCUGGCGGAGCCGAAACAUAUCGUUGAGAGCCUGAUCAAGGACGCUAGGGUUCGCGCUGUGGAGGGCAAGGAUGGAGCAGCGGUGGAGGUCAAAGAGGGGGAGGAGCGGGAGCUGGCGGCGGGCGAGAUCAAGGUGGAGAGGCCGUUAGGGAGGAGGACGGAGAGUGAUCAAUUGAAAGACAAGACAAGGUUAGACAGGGCUCUAGACCGGACGCUGUAUUUGCUCGUGCAGCAGAGCCAUGGGCUCUGGGGGUUUCCGGUGGGCGGGUUGGAGGGGAGGGAGAAUCUGCAUCAGGCUGCAGAACGCAUUAUCGUGCAGACGGCCGGUAUGAACAUGAACACCUGGGUCGUCGGCAAAGUCCCCGUCGGCCACUACGUCCUACCGCCGCAGUACAGCGAAGACAAGUCGCAGCUCAUCAAGUCUGGCGAGAAGCAGUUCUUCCUGAAGGGACGCAUCAUGGCUGGACAGGCGGACAUUACGGGCAAUGCGUUUGGCGUGCGGAACUUCAAGUGGCUGACGAAGGAGGAGGUCGGCAAGCACGUCAAGCCCAGGUACUUUGCCAGCGUGAAGGACAUGCUGGCAGACCGAUAG